CUUGGCUUUUGCCUCUCAGCCACUCGCCACGUCCAACGCAUAUCUCGUUAUCAGUUUAUUCUUUUCUUCUCUUCAGAUUGUCGAUGCCGCAGCGCAACCAAUAAGAGCGGAAAUUCAUACUAAACCAAGAAGGGACAAAAAAAAACCGAACCGACGUAUCAAAGUACUCCGCUCGACACACAUCUGCCGACGUCGAACAUCAAGUAGUGGCCUCAGACGCACUGGUGGGAACGUUACUUAAUCGAACGCCGCACUAACUCCUCGAUCUCCUGCCGCCACUCGAGGUGAGGCUCUUAAGCUUGAGUCGAUUUCGAUUCCGCUUCGGCUUGCGUUGGUCGCGUACGGCAUAUAUCGCGAAGAACUCCAAUCUUCUCGCUCCACUCUCCCCAUCUUUCCCAGACUUCACACAUCGCCGUCGCAAUGGCCCCUAACGGAACUACCACCUCUCGCGGCCAUCCCGCUCGCAAGAAGUUCUUCGAGGACUUCGGCAUCUGGAAGGAGGCCCCUCUUCUGACUGGCACCACCAAGUUUGAACCCCUCCCCCAUGUCAAGAAUAUCAUGGUCACAGGUGGAGCUGGCUUCAUCGCUUGCUGGUUCGUCCGCCACCUUACCAUGACCUAUCCCGAUGCGUACAACAUUGUCUCCUUCGACAAGCUCGACUACUGCGCGUCGCUCAACAAUACCCGUGCCCUCAACGAACGCCACAAUUUCACCUUCGUCCAAGGUGACAUUACUAACCCCAACGAGGUGCUCAACUGCCUGAAGCGCUACAACAUCGACACCAUCUUCCAUUUCGCCGCCCAGUCCCACGUCGAUCUGAGCUUCGGUAACUCGUACGGUUUCACCCACACCAACGUCUACGGCACCCACGUGCUCCUCGAGGGCGCCAAGAGCGUUGGCAUCGGCCGCUUCAUCCACGUUUCCACCGACGAAGUCUAUGGUGAGGUCAAGGACGACGACGAUGACCUUCUCGAGACCAGCAUUCUGGCCCCGACCAACCCCUACGCCGCCAGCAAGGCCGCCGCUGAGAUGUUGGUCCACUCGUACCAGAAGAGCUUCAAGCUCCCCGUCAUCAUCGUGCGGAGCAACAACGUUUACGGCCCGCACCAGUUCCCUGAGAAGAUUAUUCCCAAAUUCACCUGCUUGUUGAACCGUCGCCAGCCCCUCGUCCUUCACGGUGACGGCAGCAAUACCCGGCGUUACCUUUUCGCCGGCGACGCGGCCGACGCAUUCGACACCAUCCUGCACAAGGGUCAGAUCGGCCAGAUCUACAACGUCGGUUCCUACGACGAGAUCUCCAACCUGGAGCUCUGCAGGCUGCUCCUGAAGGAGCUCAACAUCCCCCACGAGACCCCGGAGGACUUCACCAAGUGGGUCAAGUACACCCACGACCGCCCCUUCAACGACCACCGGUACGCCGUCGACGGCACCAAGCUGCGCCAGCUCGGCUGGGACCAGAAGACCAGCUUCGAGGAUGGCCUGAAGAUGACCGUCGACUGGUACCUCAAGUUCGGCGAGGAGUGGUGGGACGACAUCACCCAGGUGCUCACGCCUUUCCCCAUCGUCACCAGCCUGGAGAUCAUCGGCGACAAGGAGCCCGUCUCGGACAGGCCUCUCGUCAAGACGGUUCCCGAGCCGAUCAACGGCAAGAAGAGGAAGAUCGAGCGGGCCAACGGCGUCCAUGCUGUCCCGGUUUGAAUACGAUGAAACGGCAACAGGCAAGGCACGGAUCCCGCCUUGCUCUCUCCCCCCCACUUUUUUCUUUUUUAGAAAAGAGAAGUCCACUAGACUCGGCGUACUAGAUGGUUUGCAUAGAAGCUGGAAGCGUUACAUUGAUGGCAUGGCAUGACUUUCGGGCGAGCAAGUUCAGGAAAGCGAGAGCAUCAUCUCCCAUUUCUUUUUUAUAUUUUUUCAUUGCGCUUUCUCAGCCCGUUUCUCUUAUUGUUUCUCUCGCGUUUCUGCCGCGUUAUGUAUCUAUCAUGUUCCAUGCUUUGCGGGGAUUCCCACGAUGACUUUUUUUAUGGGGGACACAUGGCGCUUGGUUGAACUUGCAGCAUAUAGACGCAUUGGAAAGCUCAUGUGCCCUGGGCCGGGCUUUGCUGUAAUCGAUAGAUUUGAAUGCAAUGAAUACACUCUGCUUCGUGCA